AUGAUAUCAGUUUGUCUAGCUCUAAAUGAUUGGGUAUAGGUUGACUAAAGUUAUGGGUAAAGUUUCUCUAAUAGUAACAACUGGCAUAUUUCAAAAUAUUGCGACACUUUUAACAUUGAUGCCCAAUAAUCAUAUUAUACCUGUACAGAAAAUCAUAUUAAAUAUGUACAACUUAAAAAAGACAAUUAAAGAAUAGAUAAAAUAUUUCCGAAAAAAAGUUACUAAUAAUAAGUAAUAUUUGAUAUUUUUUUUGAUGAUGCAGAUAGUUCUAUUAGUGAAAAAGCUAAUUUUACAUUAAACUUAACUAUUAGUUAAUCUUAAAGAUAUAUUAUGGAAUAAAGAAGUUAUAUUAAAACUGAUUUGACCCAAUAAUCAAGAAGGAUAUGUAACACUACAGGAACCAACUACUUUGAAUUUUAAACUAUUGUAGGUACUUCAUAAGUUUAAUAUUAUGAAAAUUUUAAUAUAUCAAUAGGUAUCGAUACUUUUAAUGACCUUCAAGUUAUAGGUGUAAGAAAUUUGUUUGUAUAUGUGAAAUAUUGUUUACCAACUUGCAAUACUUGUUCAACUUCAACAAGUUGUCUAUCAUGUUAUUAUGGUAGUCCAUAAGUAGAUGGAACUUGUAAUUGUGAUCCAUCUCAUUAAUUUGCUUAAACUGGAGUUGGAUGUAGAUAAGAAUGUGAUAGAAAUUACUACAUGGCAAGAUCAGAUAAUGUUUGUAUUCCAGAAUAAAGAAUUAUAAGUUAUAGUUAAUACUUUUAUUCUUAAACUUUUAGUGAUUAUAGUCCUUUUGAAUUCAUUGGAGAUAUUUUAUACCCAAGAACCCCUUCAUCAUUGAUUAUAGAUUGUUGCUCAACUACUUAUGUUGGAGGUUUAGUUCAUAAUGAGGGAAUGAGUUUUGAUACUGAAUAUGUUCAACACUUAAAAUUUAUCAGAUUAAGAGUAACAUUUUUUAUAAAGAACUUUUUGACUGAUAGUAAAAUUUAAAUAAAAUUUCAUAACUAAAUAUAAGGUGAAAUAAUAAAAACUGAUACUAAUUAUUAUUAUUAUGGAGUUAAAUUAAUUUAUAAUUCAAGUACAGAUUGUUCUACAUAUGAUUUAAUAAGAAUAGAAGCUAUCCUUAGAAUGUAUUCACCUUUUCCAAAACUUACUUUUCAAGGAGUAAACCCAGCUCCAGCAUCAUAAGAAUGGGGAUUCAGAAAUUUAACUAUUGAUUAUGGAUAUUGUUAAAUGAAUUGUUUAGUAUGUGAUGGGUUUUCAACUUGUGCUUAGUGUGAUGGCGUAUAUAAAUUAUUUUAAAAAAGAUGUGUUGAUAUUUGUCCAAUACAUUCUAUUAAUUGUAUUGAUUAUGCCGAUAUUAUACCAAGUAUUUUCAUUAAAUUUAUUAGAUUCUCGUUAUUUAGCAAAAGGAUUUUAUAAUUUAAAUAUGACUACUACAGAAAUAAGCCAAUUUUAUGAUACAACAAUUGAAACAGGUAGUAAUUUCUUAACAGGUCAGAAAUUUUCAAUAUUUCCAUAUAAAUUUGUGUUGGGAGGUGUAAUGGUAUGGAAUAAUGCAAUAUAUAAAAAAUAAUGGAUUAUAUCAAAACCUCAUUACGCUGUAACAAUAAGAUUUAAUGUUACUUAUGGAGAUUUAUAUACUGGAAAUUUUUAUUAUACUAUUGAAGGAGUUAAAUCAACAGCUUACCCAAAACCAACAUCAGGAGGUUACAAUAUAAUUGGUAAAAUUUCAGAAGAAAGGACAUUAUAUUUUGAAAUAUUUUAGAAUCCUUUCAAAUAAUCAACAUUAGAUAUAGAGUUAUAAUGUACAGAUACAACUUCAGAUCCAAGAGAUGAAUUUUGUGCAAUAUCUGAAUACUUUAUUGUAGUACAUUAUGUAAAAAAUUAAUAUAAAAUUAUAGUGUUAACCAUUUUGUUAAGAUUGUAAUGAUGGAAACUCGUGUGUUACUUGGGAAUCUGGACACACAAGUUCAGCUUGUUUAACAAACUAAUUUUUAUAAUUUAACCCUGUAUCAGAAUCUUAUAGUUGUAUCACAUGUAACUAACCAGGAUGUUUAGCAUGCAAAAAUAUGGAUGAAUGCACUUAAUGUGAUACAUCAAGUUAUUAUAAUUAUUUAGAAAAUGGAUGGUGUAUAUCAAUUAAUCCAUCUGUACCUCGACCUCCAAUUCAAACUACUCCUCCUAUUAUUAUUAUAUGUAAUAAAUAUUGUGAAACAUGCACAGGAUCUUUAUAAACUAAUUGUUAAUCUUGCGUAAUUGAAUUUCAUAGAUAUUUAUAUAACAAUGAAUGUAUAUGUUAACCUGGUUUCUAUGAUGAUGGAAUUAAUAUCCUAUGUUUACCUGUAUGUGGUGAUUUAAUAAUAGUUGAAGGAGAAGAUUGUGAUGAUGGUAAUCAUAAUCCUUAUGAUGGAUGUAAUAAUUGUAAAUUUGAUUGUGAUGAAAUUUGUAAUGAUUGCUUUUAAGGAUUUUGUUUUAAUUGCAAAAAAGGUUUUCAAUUAGUAGAUAAUAAUAAAUGUAUUUCCAUUUGUGGUGAUAAUUUAUUAGUAAAAACAGAAGAAUGUGAAGAUAAUAAUUAGAUUCCUAAUGAUGGAUGUUAUAAUUGUAAAUUUUAAUGUCCAAAUAAUUAUAUUGAUUGUUAAUUUAAUUAAUGUAUUAAAUGUGAUGAAUAAAAUGGAUGGUAUCUUAAGAAUAACACUUGUUAAACUAUUUGUGGAAAUACUUUAAAUAUCUAUUUGAAUACAAAUAAUAUUGGUUAUGAUUUAUUAGAUCAAUAUUGCUUUUAAUAUCUCUACAUAUGUCAAGAUACUUGUUCUACUUGCUAUAAUGGGAAAUGUUAUUAAUGUAAUGAAGGAUGGAUUCUAAAUAUUAUUGAUAGAAUUUGUUAUCCAAUUAAUGGAGAUACAUUGAUAGUAGGUAAUGAAUAAUGUGAUGAUGGAAACUAAAUAGUAAAUGAUGGAUGUUUUUAAUCUUAAUUUUAAUGUUAACUUUAAUGUGAACUAUGUUUAUAUGGAUAAUGUUAGAAGUGUAAAUCUGGAUUUAUUAUUAUUAAUAACAUUUGUUAAGAAAAUAAUUUAGAUAAUUAAGUAGUGGGUUAAGAAUAAUGUAAUGAUUAAAAUUUAAUUGGAUUAGAUGGGUGUUUCUAAAAUAGAUUUGAUUGUCCUUAAUUUUGUUUAAUUUGUGUUAUGGGAUAAUGUUUAGAAUGCAAUAUUACUUCAGGAUAUGGAUAUAUUGAUAAAUUAAAUAAUAAAUGCUUGUCUAUUUGUGGAGAUGGUAUAAAAUCAAUGGAAGAGGAUUGUGAUGAUAGAAAUGAGAUUCCUAAUGAUGGAUGUUUUUAGUGUCAUUACUAUUGUGAUUAAAAUUGUUUUGAUUGUAGAAUGGGUAUUUGUUACUCAUGCUAUUUUGGAUAUUAUUUAAAUUAAGAACAUAAUUCUUGCUAUAGCAUUUGUGGUGAUGGAAUUAUAGCUUCAAAUGAGUAAUGUGAUGAUUUAUAAAUUAUAGCUGAUCAGGAAUGUUUAAAUUGUUAAUUAAAGUGUUAAAAAGAAUGUGUAAGUUGUUAUGAAGGUAAAUGUUACGCUUGCGAAGGAAUAGGAUGGGAGAUUGAUUUAGUAUCAACAGUUUGUAGAUCAAAUUGUGGAGAUGGAAUAAUAGUUGGAAAAGAGUAAUGUGAGGAUGGAAAUGAAAUAGAUUAAGAUGGUUGUUAUUAAUGCGAAUUUUAAUGUUAAUAAUAAUGUACUAAAUGUUUAUUAGGAGAUUGCUUAGAAUGUAAUUCUAAAGGUUGGUAUUUAUAUGAGAAUUAUUGUAUAUCUGAAUGUGGAGAUCAAAUUGUAGUAAAAAAUGAAUAAUGUGAUGAUGGAAAUGAUAUUCCAUAUGAUGGUUGUUAUGAAUGCUAAUUUUAAUGUUAAGUUGAAUGUACAGAUUGUAAAUUUGGAAUAUGUUAUGAAUGUGGAUUGUAAGGUUGGCAUUUAAUUAAUAAUCGUUGUAAUUCAAUUUGUGGUGAUAGAUUUGUUGUUCAAGAUUUAGAAUAAUGUGAUGAUGGUAAUUUGAUAUAGUAUGAUGGUUGUUAUGAAUGUAAAUUUUAAUGUUAAGAAGUGUGUACACUUUGUAAACAAGGUAUAUGUUAUGAAUGUGAUGUAUUUGGUUGGAUAUUAGAUAAUCAUAUUUGUAAACCAUUUUGUGGGGAUGGAAUCAUAAUUGAUCAUGAAUAAUGUGAUGAUAUGAAUGAUAAUUAAAACGAUGGGUGUCAUAAUUGUUUAUUUUUAUGCGAUUAAUAUUGUAUAGAUUGUUAUUAAGGAUAAAUCUGUUAAAAAUGUGAAAUAGGAAGAUAACUUUAUUAUAAUGCUUGUAUAGCUUAAUGUGGGGAUGGUUAUUAUGUUAAAUCAGUAGAGGAUUGUGAUGAUGGGAAUCAUGUAAAUGGAGAUGGAUGUAAUAUAUAUUGCUAAAUUGAAACUGAUUAUUAAUGUUAAAAUAAAGAAGGUAGUUAUUCUUUAUGUGUUUACUAAAAAUUGCCAUAAUUUGAGAUUAAAUUACUCCCAAUUUAAGUUACAGAUAUUUAAGAUAUAUAAGUAAAAUUUGAUUAAAAAAUGAAGUAUUUAGGUAAUUCUGAAGAAUAAUUAUAUACUUUAAUUAAUUCAACUCUUUUAGAUAUGUAAGAUUCUGAUUAUAAGAUAAUACAAUAAUUGUAAAAUAAUGAAUAAGAAUCUGAAAUAACAAUUAAAUUUAAAGUUUAUAUAUAUGUUCCUAUUGAUAGACCAAUUUUGAAAAUAUAAUUUUUAAAUGAAUCAUUUGUUUCUCAAUAAAAUCUGCCACUUUUAUAAUCAAUGAAAAUUAUUCCAUUACUUACACCUACAAUAUUAAGUUAAACUUAAGUAACUGUAGCUUAAAAUACUGCUACUUUUAAUGAAGCAGUCAUAUAUUUUUAAAUCAGUUUAUCUUCACUUUGUUUAAUGACUGGUUCUUCUGAACUAUUUUGGAAUUUGAUGGAUCAAUUAUAGUAUUUAUCGUAUAUUAAAUAUAUUAAUAUUCGAUUUCCUCCAAAUCUUAAUAUUUAUUUUGAUGUUUUUAAAAUGAUUACAAUCAAUCCCUUAAUAUAAGCAUUUGGAAUAGAUAAAUUGUUAAAUCUUAUUUAAUAAGGAGAAAAUAAAGAAAUUUCAAAUAAUGAUAAAUUUUUUAAUGAUGAUAUUAGUGUUAAUUUUCUAGACAACUUUAAUAGUUUUUUAUUUUGUUCGAUAUCUGCAUAUACAAGUUAUUUGUUUGUUAAAUAUUCACAUAUAUACUUAUAUCGAAUAAAUCCAUAAACUAUUAAGAAAAUGAACCUUACUGUUGCUAAAAUUUAUAUAUUUAUGAGAAAAAAGUUUAUGCAAUAAUCUAAAUAAUUCUAUUACAAUGUUGUCUUAAGAAUUUUCAUGUCUAGUGCAUAUGAUAUUGCUUUUGCAAUGACCAUUUAGCUUGCUUAUUUUUAAAGUAAUAAUUUAAGUUAAUUAAUAACUUCAUAUGCUUCUUUAAUAGUUUUUUCUUCUUAUUUAGGUAUAUCAAUCUACAUAUUUAAUUUACUGUAAAAAUUUUCUAAUUCAAAUACAUUAAAGAUUAAAUAAUAAUAUGAAGCUUUAUUUGAAGGAACAUAGAAUACUUAGUAUGUUUGGAUUGUAUAAUAUAAUAGUAUUUUAUUAUUAAAAAAGUUUAUUUUCAUAUGCAUAAUUGUUUUUAUGUAAACAGAAGGUAAACUUCAAACAAUGAUCAUAGCUUCAAAUUAGACUUUAUUUCUUUUAUAUUUCAUCUCAAAUAAACCUUUAAAGAAUAUUUAUGAAUAUUACAAAAUGAUAAUAACAGAGUCAAUUAUUAUUUUUAACACAAUUUCAUUUUUUUUUUAUGAUUAUUUGAAGGAUAUUGGAUUACAUCAAAAUUUUAGUAUAACUUUAGGCUGGGUUCAUAUAUUCACUUUUUCAGCUAUCCUAUCAUUCUCUUUGAUCAUCGAUGUGUUUUUAUAGUCAUAAGUCUUACUGUAAAAAUUGAAAAAAUUUUUCUGUGAUAAUAAGAAAAAAGAGACAUCUGGAACAUCAUAAACAAUAUUUAUUUGA